UUCCGGCAGCCUGCAGCCUCCCCGGGGCCGCUUCCAGUGCGGCCCGUUCCUUCUGCGCGACCGUGUUGCCCAAGUGGGGCGUUUCUUCCAUCUGCCGUCGGGUGGUGGCGACCAGGCGGGCCGGGGCCGUGGGGGCCGCGUGGCGCCGGCGGGGUGGCCACACCCGGGCAGCAGCCUGGCAGCCCCGCGCCUUCCGCAGUUCCCUGCCCGCCCGGGGGCCACCGGCUCCCUUCGGGGGGAGCGGGAUUUCCAAGGGCACGUGGCCCGGGUCCAGCGCUUUCGGUUCUCGGAGGAGCCUGGCCCUGGGGCUGAGGGGGCCGUGCUGGAGGUCCGCGUCCCGCAGGUCCUGCACCUCCAAUAUGGAAUGUAUGUUUGGCCCUGUGCUGUGGUCCUGGCCCAGUAUCUAUGGUUUCACAGAAGGCGUCUGCCAGGCAAAGCUGUGUUAGAGAUUGGCGCUGGAGUGAGCCUUCCAGGAAUUUUGGCUGCCAAAUGUGGUGCUAAAGUUAUCCUGUCAGAUAACUCAGAACUGCCUCACUGUCUAGAAAUCUGUCGGCAAAGCUGCCAGAUGAAUAACCUGCCACAGGUCGACACUGUAGGACUAUCCUGGGGUCAUAUAUCUCCUGACCUUCUGGCUCUACCACCACAAGAUAUUAUUCUUGCAUCUGAUGUAUUUUUUGAACCAGAAGACUUUGAAGACAUUUUAACUACAGUAUACUUUUUGAUGCAGAAGAAUCCCAAACUCCAAUUAUGGUCUACUUACCAGGUUAGAAGUGCUGACUGGUCACUUGAAGGUUUACUCUACAAGUGGGAUAUGAAAUGUGUCCACAUUCCUCUUGAAUCUUUUGAUGCAGACAAGGAAGAGAUAGCAGAAUCUGCCCUUCCAGGAAGACAUACUGUUGAAAUGCUGGUCAUCUCCUUUGCAAAGGACAGCUGAAUUACACCUAGCUGUCCUAACCGAUGUCAAUACUCUUUUCAACCUGGCCUCUAAAUUAGUGUUCAGAAGACCAUUCCAGCUCCUUGAGGGUACAAGCAGUGGGUCUGAGGAUCACAAUGAGUCACCUAGACACCCGUGGAGCAACAACCAUGAAUUCAAAAAUUAAAAAGGCCUACCAAAGAGGA